AAAUAGUAUUUUCAUCAUAUAAAAUUAUUUUAAGUGUCUAAAGUAUAAGCAAAAGUAUGGAAACUGAAACUCCUGAAACCAAGCUGCAGAGCCUAAGUAGAGCUUACCUGGAAGCCAACAUGGAGCAACUAAGUAAAAAACUUAUUUGGCUGCUUAGACAUGGCGCUGUCAAAGAAGGACUACCUAUAAAACGUGACGGCUUUCUGGCUACUUCUGCUAUUUUAGCGCAUAUUAAGUUCAAAAGAUAUAAUAUGGCUGUCUUGAAAAAGAUAGUCGAAAGCGAUCAACAACAGCGUUAUACACUUAAGUACAACAAAGGUAUACGUGCUUAUGAGAUCCGCGCUAAUCAGGGUCAUACCAUAAAAACUGUUCAGUCAGAUUUUUGUUUAAAAAAAGUGAUUGAUCCUUACUCCAUUGGUACAAUUGCUCAUGGUACUUAUUAUCGUUUUUGGCCAAAAAUCAAGGUCAAUGGCCUUGUACGUAAAUCCUGCAGCCAUAUUCAAUUUUUGGUUAUGGAUGACAGUUCGACGGAAGAGACAGAUGUUUAUGGUUUCCCUAGCAAUUAUGAGAUAUAUAUCUAUAUUGAUGUCAAGAAAGCAUUAGAAGAAGGUGGUUUGGAGUUUUAUCGAUCAGAUAAUAAUGUCAUUCUCUGUGCGGGUCAAAAUGGUUGCAUAUCUAAGCAAUACUUUUUAAAGGCUGUUGAUCGAAGAACUGAUAAAUUGCUAAAUUUUUGAUUGAAUAUUAAAUUAUUAUUUUAA